AUGGUCAACCCCAGCAAAACUUGGGUUGCUUACCUCGCACUUGGCUUUGUUGAACCGAGUCUUGGGCUGUAUGACAAGCAGAAUCAACGCGUAAGCUACGUUCCCCUUGUCAAGCAAUGGAACGGCCCAGACUCGAACCUCACCGCAACCCUGCACCUCGUUGAUUCUAGCUACGUCUCUGCCUUUGAGAAACGUCGCCAUAUCGACCUUCAGACGUGGGCUACGGUGGUCGGGGCUGGUAGCGCUACCAUUAUGGCUUCCGAGUCAGCAGUCAAUAUCUACAAACAGAUUGCCGACAUUAUCAAGAGCAAGUCUAACCACAAUUCUUGCUCCAUGACGACAGGCACCGACUCGAAUGGUCAUAUGAUUGAGGGUUAUGCAUAUUUGGCGACUACCAGUGGCCAUGAUUGCAAGACUACGGCCGAGACGAAGACUAUCCUAGCUGCGGUGAAGGACUGUGCCGAUUGGCAGCAUAAGCAUGGGGCUAUCACUGGCUGUUGCGUGCUUGAUCACGGCGGCACUUGGAAGGGUCAUUUGCGCCUUACUUCUCAGCCUAACAAGUACCCAGCACAUACGGUGAACUGUGGUUAG